GAGGCGCAGGCGGGGAACAAGAUGGCGGCCGGCGGCGAUCCGGAGCGGGGCGCCGGCGAUUCGCGUUGAGCCGCGGCCCGCUCGGCCCGGCCCCCCCCCCGCCCCGGCCCCGCGCCCUCCGCGGGGCGCGGAGCUUGCCCGUAGCCGCCUGUCCGGAUUCCGAGCGCCCUCCCGAGCCGCCCUUCCCCUCCCUUCCCCCUCGGCCAGCGCCCAGCGAUGCGGGGCCGGCGCGGCAGGCCGCCCAAGCAGCAGCAGCCGGCGGCGGCCGCCGCUCCGGCGAGCGCCCCGGCCCCGGCAGGCCCCAUCGGCGGGCUGCGCUCCCGGCAGCGCGGCAGCAGCCGCGGCAGGUGGGCGGCCGCGGCCCAGGCGGAGACGGCGGGGCCCAAGCAGAAGGGAGCCGGCGCUGCCCAGGCCUCGUCGCCCGCCGCCGCCGCCGCCUCGCCCAGGGGGGGCGGCAAGAGGAAGGCGGGCGGCGGCGGCAGCAGCACCCCCGGUGGGGGAGGCAGCGGCGGUAAGGGCAGGGGCAGGGCCGGGGCGGCAGGAGCAGGGGGAGGAGGAGGCGCAGGAGGCAGCUGCAACAGCCAAGGCAGGGCUGCCUCGUCCAGGAGGAGCAUCAGCAAAGUGGUGUACGACGAUCAUGAGAGCGAGGAGGAGGAGGAGGAGAGCAUGGUGUCCGAGGAGGAGGACGAGGGAGACCCCGAGGAUAACCAGGACUCCGAGGAGGAAGAAGAGGAGGAGAUAAUGGAGGAGGAGGACGACGACGACUCCGACUACCCCGAAGAGAUGGAGGAUGAAGACGACGCCAGUUAUUGCACUGAGAGCAGCUUCAGGAGCCACAGCACCUACAGCAGCACCCCAGGUAGGAGAAGACAGAGAGCACAUCGUCCUCGUUCUCCAAUAUUGGAAGAAAAAGAUAUCCCACCCUUGGAAUUUCCUAAAUCCUCAGAGGACUUAAUGGUGCCUAGUGAGCAUAUAAUGAAUGUUAUUGCCAUCUAUGAGGUACUAAGGAACUUUGGCACUGUUUUGCGCCUCUCUCCUUUUCGUUUUGAGGACUUCUGUGCUGCUCUGGUAAGUCAAGAGCAGUGCACACUUAUGGCAGAGAUGCAUAUAGUGCUGUUAAAAGCAGUUUUACGUGAAGAAGACACUUCAAAUACUACCUUUGGACCUGCUGACCUCAAAGAUAGCGUUAAUUCCACUUUGUAUUUCAUAGAUGGAAUGACGUGGCCAGAGGUUCUGCGGGUAUAUUGUGAGAGUGACAAGGAAUACCAUCAUGUUCUUCCUUACCAAGAGACAGAGGACUAUCCUUAUGGACCAGUAGAGAAUAAAAUCAAAGUUCUGCAGUUCUUAGUGGAUCAGUUUCUUACCACAAACAUUGCACGUGAGGAGUUAAUGUCAGAAGGUGUUAUUCAGUACGAUGAUCAUUGUAGGGUUUGUCACAAACUUGGGGAUUUGCUUUGCUGUGAGACUUGCUCGGCCGUGUACCACUUGGAGUGUGUGAAGCCCCCCCUGGAGGAGGUGCCCGAGGACGAGUGGCAGUGCGAGGUCUGCGUGGCACACAAGGUGCCCGGGGUGACUGACUGCGUGGCUGAAAUCCAAAAAAACAAACCGUACAUCCGACACGAGCCCAUCGGCUACGACAGGCACAGGCGGAAAUACUGGUUCCUGAACAGGAGGAUCAUCAUAGAGGAAGAUUCAGAAAGUGAGAAGGAUAAGAAAAUCUGGUACUACAGCACAAAGAUCCAGCUGGCAGAGUUAAUUGAAUGCCUGGACAAGGAUUACUGGGAAGCUGACCUAUGCAAAACCCUGGACGAGAUGCGUGAGGAAGUUCAUCGGCACAUGGAUGUGACAGAAGACCUUACAAACAAAGCAAGGGGCAGCAACAAGUCUUUCCUUUCUGCAGCAAAUGAUGAAAUUUUGGACAUUAUCAGAGCAAGAAAAGGAGAAAUAGUGGAAGAUAAAAACACAGGAGAUGAGGAAGCAGAAAAGGCCAAAAGUGAUGUUGAUAAUGACCAGACAGAUGCUGAGAGAGACAAGGAAGAAUCUGGAGACCAAGAUAAAAUUGAGGAAACACAGAGUGAGCAAGAUGUGGAAAAAGAGAAAACAGAAGAGGCAACAGUCGUUGGGGAUAAAAGUAACUCUGUGACCUCCAGCACUGAUGACAGCACCACAAAUCCUUCUGCAGGAGAGAAUAGUUGCUCUGAAGGGAAGGACGCAGUGGGGUGUCAGUCAGAAACCCUUGAUAGCAACAACGUGGCAGAGAAGAAGGUGGCAUCAGAGCUCCCUCUGGAACUCUCAGAAGAAACUGGUCAGAUGAUCCCCAGCAGUGGUUCUGCUGCACCUCCACAGGCAGAUGCUGAGAACAGCAGUGGCAGCGAGCUGGGCUCUGGCCAGAAUGACUCCAUAAAAACUCUUGAUGAUGCUGAAAAUGCAGAGAGGGGAUCCCAGGCUUCAGAGGAUAUAGGAGAGAAAUCCAAUGGUGACAGGAGUGAUUCUCCAGGUGCAGGGAAGGGCACGCCAGGCUCGACACGGAUGCUCACCAGAUUGAGAAAUCCAGAUAGCAAACUGAGCCAGAUGAAAAGCCAGCAGGUUGCUGCUGCAGCAAAUGAAGCAAAUAAGUUAUAUAAAGAAACCAGAGAGGUGCUGGUGGUCAACUCUCAAGGCGAAGUCUCCCGAGUGAGCACCAAGAAGGACGUUGUGAUUAAAGGAAAUAUGAACAACUAUUUCAAACUGGGCCAGGAGGGCAAGUACCGUGUGUAUCACAAUCAAUAUGCCACCAAUUCCUUUGCCUUGAACAAGCACCAGCACAGGGAGGACCACGACAAGAGGCGACACCUCUCACACAAGUUCUGCCUGACCCCAGCUGGAGAGUUCAAGUGGAACGGGUCUGUGCAUGGCUCCAAAGUUCUCACCAUAUCCACCCUGAGGCUGACCAUUAUUCAGCUAGAAAACAAUAUCCCAGCAUCCUUCCUUCACCCUAAUUGGGCUUCACACAGGUCUAACUGGAUUAAGGCUGUUCAGAUGUGCAGCAAACCCAGAGAAUUUGCACUAGCACUGGCUAUUUUGGAGUGUGCAAUCAAACCAGUUGUCAUGCUGCCCAUCUGGCGGGAAUCCUUGGGGCAUACGAGAUUACGCAGAAUGACAGCAAUAGAAAGAGAAGAAAAGGAGAAAGUGAAAAAAAAAGAGAGAAAACAAGAAGAAGAAGAAACAAUGCAGCAAGCUACAUGGGUGAAAUACACAUUUCCUGUCAAACACCAGGUUUGGAAGCAAAAAGGAGAGGAAUACAGAGUAACAGGAUAUGGUGGCUGGAGCUGGAUUAGUAAAACCCAUGUCCACAGGUUUAUGCCCAAACUGCCAGGAAAUACUAAUGCAAAUUACAGAAAAUUGCUAUCAACAAAGAGCGAAGAUGAAAAAUGCAACUUGGAUAAACGAAAAGGUACAACUAAGGUAAAACCAGAGAGAGACAGAGCAAAGGAUUCUCGAGACCUCCAAGCAAAAGACAAAGCAGAUGUUUCAGAAACCUUGGAGAAAGUACAAGUAAAAGAAGAAAAGUUGCAUGAAGAUAAAUUAGAAGUUGACACAAUUUCUGAAAACUUAGAUCAUGCAAAAGACACAGUGGAAAAAGACAUGGAUGGUGAAAAUGAUAAAGUCAUCAAAGAAGAGCCUAUGGAUGUGGAUGAUGUGAAAAUUGAAUCCUCCAUAAAAGAUGAGGAAAGUCAUUGUAAGCGGGAUAUAAUCAAUGUCAGUGAGGGAUUUCAUUUAAGGACUUGCUACAAAAGGAAAGUAAAAUCAUCAAAAUUAGAUGGACUCCUGGAGCGGCGAAUAAAACAGUUUACACUGGAAGAAAAACAGCGUCUGGAAAAGAUGAAGCUGGAGGCUGGUGCUAAAACUGGGGGCAUUCGAUCUGUGAGCCCCCAGAAAAACACAGAUGAGCUACAAACGAGGAGUGGGAAGGAAGGGAGCCAGUUUGGCUCUCCUUCCCAGGAUCAAAGCUACAUUUCAGACAAGACCCAAGCUGACGAUGCAGAGCAGGAUGGUUUGCCCAUCAGCAGCAUCUGUACCAAAACUGGGGAUGAAGAUGAACCUUCUUUGCCUUUGUCAAACAGGCUCUCAAAACAGGGGCAGCUGCUGGAUGAGGACUCCCCUCAGCCCUCUGAAGGAGACAGCUCUGUUCAGAAUGAUGGCAGAGAAAACAACCCUGAGCCUUCGACUGCUGAGAAGUGUCAGGGACAAGAGGCUCUUGGAGAGUCUGAGAGCUCUUUAGUGGAUGGCUUGAAACAAACCAGUGCAGAAGGCAGAAUCAAAUGGGAUGUUUCAGAAACAAGUGAAAAACCCUUGAAACAAAAGCUACCUAUUACCAGAAUGUCUCAGCGAGAACUUGAAAACUUAGGACCAGUAGUACCUGAAAGCAGCUGUAGAAGAGAUGCUGUGGGCACUCUUGAAAAACCAGACUCAGAAGGGAAUUCUGAACAGCAAAGCAAAGAUCCAGAAAACAAUUGUACGAUGAAAAGCCAUAUGGAAACCAUGUCCUCUCAAGAAAGUGAAAUGGAGGAAGAAGUUGCUCCUGUAAAGACUGAAAGUAAAUCUGAAAAGAUGAUAUUUCACCAAAAAUCAGCUAAAAAAGAUCUAGAAUCUUUUAAAGCAGGGCUGACUUCUGAAAGAAAUCUUGAAAGUCAAAGUCUGGAACACAUGGAUGGGGCAGAUGAUAACAAAGAUUUACUGAGCUCUAAACUAGCAGAGGCUAAUGGUCGAAAGAAAGGUCAGGAACUGAAAGUGGAGACAGGUACCAUGAACAAAUAUCUUGAUCAGACAAAUGUAAAUACUAUUACUGACAAAAAGAAUAAUAAAGAUGAAGAAACUGAGACAGAAAAAGAAAAAUCAUCAUUUCAAAUGAAUGGAAAAGACAAUGACAUUAAAGCAUUAUCAAAUGAUGACCUCUUAGUGAAAAAUACCUGUGAAGCUAAGGCAGGGGGUGAUAUUGAACCAAAAGUUAAUAAUAUUAAUAAAUCUAUUCCAGAACAUGAAAUAAAACCAUUGACUUUUAAGGAAUCUUCAGUAAAACCAUUCAUGAAUGGUGACAUCAUGGGAGAGAACACAAAGGAUAAAAAUGACAUGGACUCAAAGUCACAUCUGCAGAGUUCACCUGAGUCUGAGUCUGGAGAGAGUCUUCAGCCACCAGAUGAAGUGCCCAAGUGUGUGCAGAAAACUGAAGAAAACCAACUUUCUCCUGAGAGAUCUGCCAGUGUGGGCUCUGCUUCCCUGCCAACACAGGCUGUCUGUAAAGAAAAUAACCUGAGCAGUGAAACAGAAUCUAUGGAAACUGAAGCAGUCGAGGAGAAGAAAGUUGCUCCGUCAUCUGUAACCUCGUGUGAGGAAUCCAGCUUGAGCAGUCACUUUGCUGACCAGAAUGGGGUACAGACACAUAAAAUGGAAAAUAUUAAUGGAGAAAGUAAAAUGAAAACUGUUAUUACUGAAGUGACUACCACAACCUCAACUGUGUCCACAGAGUCCAAAACGGUGUUUAAGGUUGCAGAGAGUGGAGCUGCCAGUGAUGAGAAAACCACAGUUGUGUCCUCUACAGAAAACUGUGCCAUCUCCACUGUCACCACCACCACCACUGUCACCAAGCUCACCACUCCGGCCUCAGAGAGUCACUCUGAUGUCAUCUCUGUCCAGGAGCACAGUAAAACUGUGGUUACAACAACAGUCACUGACUCACUGACCACCCCAGAAGGCACAUUGGUGACUUCCAUGACUGUCAGCAAAGAAUAUUCCACAAAAGACAAAGUGAAGUUAAUGAAAUUCACAAGACCCAAAAAAACUCGUUCUGGAACUGCCUUGCCAUCUUAUAGGAAAUUUGUUACCAAAAGCAGUAAAAAAAGCAUAUUUGUUUUACCCAAUGAUGACUUAAAAAAGCUGGCCAGGAGAGGAGGGAUCAGAGAGGUUCCUUAUUUCAAUUACAAUGCAAAGCCUGCCUUGGAUAUCUGGCCAUAUCCAUCCCCAAGACCAACAUUUGGGAUCACUUGGAGGUACCGACUCCAGACAGUCAAAUCAUUGGCUGGAGUGAGCCUGAUGUUAAGGUUACUGUGGGCAUGUCUCAAGUGGGAUGAUAUGGCAGCAAAAGCUCCCCCUGGGGGAGGAACCACAAGGACAGAAACAACUGAAACUGAAAUUACAACAACAGAAAUAAUCAAGCGGAGAGACGUUGGUCCGUAUGGGAUCCGCUCAGAGUACUGUAUAAGAAAAAUCAUUUGUCCCAUUGGUGUACCAGAGGCUCCAAAAGAAACUCCAACACCCCAGAGGAAGGGACUGCGAUCAAGUGCCCUGAGGCCAAAAAGGCCAGAAACACCCAAGCAAACAGGCCCUGUUAUAAUGGAAACUUGGGUAGCAGAGGAGGAGUUGGAACUCUGGGAGAUCAGGGCUUUUGCUGAAAGGGUGGAGAAGGAAAAGGCACAGGCAGUUGAACAACAGGCUAAGAAACGACUGGAGCAGCAGAAGCAGAUCCCUGCAGGAGGUGUGGUCCCUGCAGCCAGCUCAGCCAGCAGCACUGCAACCACAGUCUCCACACCCCAGAAAGUCGUGGUGGGCCCUCUGACAGGCCCUGUCCCCACGGGAACCAAAGUAGUGCUCACCACUAAAGUGGGGUCUCCAGCUACAGUAACAUUCCAACAGAACAAGAAUUUCCAUCAAACUUUUGCUACUUGGGUUAAGCAAGGCCAGUCUUCAACAGCCACUAGCACAGCUGCCACCUCAGCCACAACCAUUGCCAGCACAGGGCAGACCUUCCAGCUCUCAGGCAGCCCAGUAACGAUGGCAGGGAAAGUGAUAACUAAGCUGCCACUCCCUGCAAACAGCAAGAUUGUUGCCGUCAAUGUGCCAUCAACUCAAGGAGGUGUGGUUCAAGUUCAGCAAAAGGUAUUGGGUAUCAUUCCAUCAACUACAGGUGCAAGUCAAACCUUUACUUCAUUCCAGCCAAGGACAGCAACUGUAACCAUUAGGCCAAACACCACAGGGACAUUAGGAACAACAAGCACUUCACAAGUGGUGCAGGGGACGCCGCUGCGCCCCGGGAUGACGGUGAUCCGGACCCCGCUGCAGCAGUCCCCCCUGGGCAAGGCCAUCAUCCGAACACCUGUAGUGGUGCAGCAAGGUAUUCUGCCAGCCAGUCAGACCCAGCAAGUGGUGACUCAGAUAAUCAGGGGUCAGCCUGUCUCAACAGCAGUUUCUAGUACCAGCACAGCUUCUUCCAGCACUGGGCAGAAAACCAUCACAAGUUCUGGGACAGCCCCUCAACAAGCUCAGCCACAGACCCCAGCAGCACCCCCUCGGCCUCAGCAGGGCCAGGUGAAGCUGACAAUGGCCCAGCUCACCCAGCUCACACAAGGGCAGGGUGGCAGUCAAGGCUUAACUGUGGUAAUUCAGGGACAAGGUCAAACUACUGGUCAGUUACAAUUAAUCCCUCAGGGUGUGACUGUAAUACCUGGUCCAGGACAGCAGCUUAUGCAAGCAGCUAUGCCAAAUGGUACAAUUCAGAGAUUUCUGUUCACCCCACUACCAGCAGCUGCUACUACAGCUAGCACAACUACAACCACCGUUUCUACUUCCACCUCGGCUGCCGGGGAAGCGAAGCCGGCUCUGCAGGCGGCCCCGGCCGUGCCCCAGGGCCAGCCCCAGGGCCAGCCGGGCUCCGCGGCUCAGCCCGCGGGGGCUCAGCCCCAGGGCGCCCAGCCCGAGGCCCCGAGCCUGCCCGAGGCUCCCGCUGAGCCCGCGGCCCCUCCCGAGGCUCAGCCCGCCAGGUCCCCGGCGCAGUCUCCAGCCCAGGCUCCGGGGCUCUCUCCAGCGCCCGGCCCGAUGCCGCCGCCGCCCGCGGGCCUGCCCCCCGGCCAGGCCCAGGCCCAGCAUCCCGCUCAGGUGCAAACUCCAACCCCACACCCCGGUCUGAUGUGGCCCCACACUCCCUUACACAUUCCAGCUCUGCUGCAGCAAUCACAGCCUCAGGUUCAGACAUCGGGCACAGCCCUUGCGAGUACUCAAAGUCUAAAUCAGGUUCCUGUGCAGUGCCCAGCUCAUCCUCAGCUGCAACUUCAGCAGCCUCCAGCAAGUGUUAUUGCAGUGCCCCAGCUCCAGCAGCCAGUGGAAGUCCUCUCUCAGCUGCAGCCCUGUGUUGUGGCUCAGCUACGAGCCCAGCAGGGCAGCGUGCCCCUCAUCCAGCUUCAGUCACCUCUCGAGGUGCAGCACAGUAGCCCAGGGCAGGCUCAGCAGAUGGCCAGUGUGGUGGCAGUGCAAGCAGCUAGUGUGCAGGAGCAGCUCAGGGAGCAGCAGCAGAAGAAAAAGCAGCAACAGAUAGAAAUUAAACGUGAGCACACCCUUCAGGCUUCUAAUCAAAGUGACAUUAUCCAGAAACAGGUGGUUAUGAAGCAGAAUGCUGUCAUAGAACAUUUGAAACAGAAGAAGACACUGACUCCAGCUGAGAGGGAAGAAAAUCAGAGAAUGAUUGUGUGCAACCAAGUGAUGAAAUAUAUUCUGGAUAAGAUAGACAAAGAAGAAAAGCAGGCAGCUAAGAAACGGAAGCGAGAAGAGAGCGUGGAGCAGAAGCGGAGCAAACAGAACGCGACCAAGCUCUCAGCUCUGCUUUUCAAGCACAAAGAGCAGCUGAAAGCUGAAAUACUGAAAAAAAGAGCACUUCUGGACAAAGAUCUGCAGAUUGAAGUGCAGGAGGAGCUAAAGAAAGACUUGACUAAAAUUAAGAAAGAAAAAGAAAGAGCCCAGGCAGCAGCAGCUGCUGCAGCAGCCGCAGCCGCCGCGGCCGCCGCCGCUGCCCCACCAGCACCGCCACCAGUGCCACCAGCACCGCCACAGCUGCCAGCAGCCAGCGUCACCUCCUCCUCCUCCACCACUGUCCCCGUGCCAGUCUCCUCCCAGAAGAGGAAACGAGAGGAGGAGAAAGAUUCCUCAGCUUCCAAGUCCAAGAAAAAGAAAAUGAUUUCUACUACCUCAAAGGAAACGAAGAAGGACACAAAGCUUUACUGCAUCUGUAAAACGCCUUACGACGAGUCCAAGUUCUAUAUUGGCUGUGAUCUUUGUACUAACUGGUAUCAUGGAGAAUGUGUUGGAAUCACAGAAAAGGAGGCUAAGAAAAUGGAUGUGUACAUCUGUAAUGAGUGUAAACGGGCACAAGAGGGCAGCAGUGAGGAGUUGUACUGUAUCUGCAGAACACCUUAUGAUGAGUCGCAAUUCUACAUCGGCUGUGACCGCUGCCAGAACUGGUACCACGGGCGCUGCGUGGGCAUCCUGCAGAGCGAGGCCGACCUCAUCGACGAGUACGUGUGCCCCCAGUGCCAGUCCACGGAGGAUGCCAUGACUGUGCUCAGUCCACUCACAGACAAAGACUACGAGGGCUUGAGGAGGGUGCUGCGCUCCCUGCAGGCUCACAAGAUGGCAUGGCCAUUCCUAGAACCAGUAGAUCCCAACGAUGCCCCAGAUUAUUAUGGUGUCAUCAAAGAGCCAAUGGACCUUGCUACCAUGGAAGAAAGAAUCCUGAAACGCUACUACAAAAAGGUCACGGAGUUUGUGGCAGACAUGACCAAAAUUUUUGAUAACUGCCGUUACUACAAUCCAAGUGACUCCCCUUUUUACCAGUGUGCAGAAGUUCUCGAGUCUUUCUUUGUACAGAAACUAAAAGGAUUUAAGGCAAGCAGGUCCCAUAACAACAAACUGCAGUCUACAGCUUCUUAGAGUUCAGCGUGUUAACCAAACACACGAGCAAGGAUCUGGUUGUCUGACAAUUUUUAAUUAAGGAGCCAGAUGUUUUUAGUCAGGUUAUCCUGACAAGACUUGAUGUAAACUGCGUUUUUAUUGGUCACAACAGUCAGAUUAUAUUCUUGGCUUAUUUUGUCCAAAGGACAAAGAAAUAAAAAUCAGCAGCACCACUUUCUUGUCAAGAUCAAAUUGUUGUACUAUUGUGGCAGAAGCAGGAAAACUUUGUUUUGUUGAAGGAGAGAGAGAAAGAGAGCAAGAAAAAAGAUACAGUAAAUGGGGUCACGUUUAACUCCAUGGAAAUGCCACGUCUGUUCUUCAGUGAAGAAGCUGGUUUAAAGUCCACACAGAAAACUUUGACUGUAUUUAUUUAUUGUUGCAAAAAAGACGCUUUUUUAUUGCUGCCCUCAUUUGUCAGCUAAUUAUUUUUUCUUAUAAAAUCCAGCCCUGGUUCCAUGUAAUCCAUUCUGUAUCUUAACAUGAUUCCUGUAGGUAAAAGUACAAGAAGACCUCUAGAUGUCUUUUCUUUCUAUGAAAGGAGCUGCUAUGUACACAUGUGCACACACACAGGACUGGGAAUCAACAAGGAGUUUAUCAUUCAUGGUAGAUAAAAACAAGCUUGCAUAAAAUUUGGGCUGAGUGGUCAUGGACUACAGACUCUGUUGCCUUGAAUAUAACAAACAGUACAAUUUGUCAUUUACUCUGCACCAGACUGAACUGAGUAAAAUCUAUUUGAAGGUAUCUUGUUUGUAAACAUUUGUCAGAUUCUAAUUUUUUUUUCUUUUGUAUUAAAAUUCAAAAUAUGGAUGUAUAUGAAACAAAAUAAAUGGAGAUCAUUGUUCUCCCCACAGCA